ACCACCUGUGCUCCCUCCCACACUAAAACAAAUCCUUUUGGUCUGAAAGCUUUCUCAAUCCCAUUCAUCAGCCGCCGCUCCAUCUCUAAUCUCUCUCUCUCUCUCUCGGAAGCUUGGCUUCAGCCUCUGGAAAUCAAAUAAGAUGAGGUUAGAGAAGUGUUGGUUCUGUUCAUCUACUGUAUAUCCAGGGCAUGGUGUUCAGUUUGUCCGCAAUGAUGCCAAGAUUUUUCGGUUUUGCAGAUCUAAAUGCCACAAGAACUUCAAGAUGAAGAGGAAUCCUCGUAAAGUAAAAUGGACUAAAGCAUACAGGCGGUUGCACGGAAAGGAUAUGACUCAGGAUUCAACCUUUGAAUUUGAAAGGAAGCGUAAUAGGCCGGAGAGAUAUGAUAGGAAUCUUACGGAGAACACUCUGAAGGCUAUUAAGAAGAUUGAUAAAGUCAGAGCCACUAGGGAGGCCAAAUACAUUGAGCGCAGGAUGACGGGGAAGAAAGCCAAGGAACUCCGAGAGGCACAGAAGGAAUUGGAACAGAAUAUCAGCCUGGUUAAAGCCCCAGCUCUUCUCAAAGAAGACCCAUCUCUCACUCUUCCAAUCAAAGUCAAGGUCUCACAGAAGCAGCCAGAGGUUCAACUUAUGGAAGAAUGAGUCAUUAAUCUUCCUGUUGCUCCAGUCUUUUCGUAAUCAUCUAAAUAUUUUAGCUGCUCGUAUUUGUUCCUUCAUCAAGAAAUGCCUUAUUUGUGAAAACAAAAGCAAAAGUUUUGGAGAUUUUGAUUACUAUUAGAGAUUUGUCUUUGUUUUUAACGAUAGAUAGUGAAGAAGAAUCCUUGUGUAAUGAUUUUGAAGUGUUGAAUUUAUAUAUAAUUUGAAUUUUAUAAA